AUGCAGACCAAGGGGCUUCUUCUGCUGGCGGCGGCCCAGUACGUGGCCGCCUACGGCCAGAAUGCCUGGAUGCCCAGACAGGAACAGGGCGAGAUUGUGUCUCAGAACUGGAAAAACUAUACCAAUACCACGACGACCUCGUCCACAACAACCACGACGUCAAGCACGACGACGACGACGACAACCAGCUCGACGAGCUCGACGACGAGCACCACGACAUUGACCACUCUGCUCACAACUACCAGUGACGAGACGACGACUACAAAGGACUCGAGCACCACGACCGACUUGAUUGUCCCGACAACCAACACGACAACCAGCUCGGUCCAUUCCACCAACUCAACCACGACCCCGAGCUCAACCACCACCACAACCAGCUCCGUCCGGUCCACGACGCCCUCGACCACCACCACCUCGUCGAUCCCUGCCGGCGUCAGCUUCACCAAGCUCAACGCGACCGACUUUAGCAUCCCGCUGUCCACCGGCGGCCUCCUCCCCAGCUCCAUCGCCAACAGCACCGCCUCCCGCAACCGGACCACGACGACGACCACCCCCGCCGUCCUUCCCACCAGCGGCUCGCUCCUCAACAGCACCACCAGCGCCCUCAACUCGUCCACGGCGACCAACACCACCUCCUCCACGGCCACCAAGUGCGGCGUCGCCGGUAGCUUCGUCACGCCGCCGAGCCACGCCACAAAGGCCGACAGCAUCGACGAGUGCGCGACGGCGUGCCGCGCGCGCGGCGCCCUCUGCCGGGCCUUUGAGGCCGGCACCGUCGACGGCGACGGCAACAACUGCUGGCUGUUUGCGCACAGCCUCUCCGACAUGGAGAUUGGCGGGCCCCAGGACGGCUUCAGCUGGACCUUUUACGACCGCGACUGCGACGUCACCAGCCGCUGCAACCUCCAGGGCAGCUUCAUCACCAAGCCCAUCGAGAGCCUGCGCCUCGGCACGCUGGGCGACUGCCAGCAGGCCUGCCUCAAGAACAGCGGGUGCAAGACGUUUGAGGCCGGCGACCUGGACGGCAACGAGCACAACUGCUGGCUGUUUGACUCGCCCAUCACGUCGCUCAACAUUGGCGGGGCCUACACCGGCUGGCAGUGGGCCUUCUUUGACCGCAACUGCGAGCUCGCGCCGUAG